CACCACAUGAGCGUAGUAAAUCGUACAAGCUCCCCCUGCAGCCAUUCAGCAAGCGAAGCCGUAGCGAUGUGGAGAAGGAGCACCGUUCUCUGUGCCACUCUGGCGCUGAUGGCCGUCUGCACAGCUCAGAUUGACGACGAUUGCCUUGAUGGAGACCUCAGACUGAGGGGAGGAGAGAAGGAACACGAGGGAAGAGUGGAGAUCUGUGUCUCUGGAGAGUGGGGGACUGUGUGUGAUGACCUCUGGGACAGAUACAAUGCUAAAGUCGUAUGCAACCAACUGGGAUUCAAUUACAGCGCUGCAAUAGCGGUGAGUCGGGCCCACUAUGGCGAAGGUUCCGGACCUAUCUUCCUGGACAACGUGGCCUGCUCUGGAAGAGAAGAGAGACUGACAGACUGCGUCCACAACGGUUUGUUGGAGCACAACUGUGGACAUCAUGAAGAUGCUGGUGUCUACUGCCAGCCUGUGGAGGAGGCAUGUUUAGAUGGCAGUAUCAGACUAGCUGGUGAGAGAGAGGUUCAGAACGAGGGGCGAGUGGAGAUUUGCAACCAGGGACAGUGGGGAACAGUCUGUGACGACAGAUGGGACAGAAACGACGCUGCCGUCGCCUGUGCACAGCUCGGCUUUCUUCAAAAUGAUGCCAUCCCGGUGUCGCGUGCAAUGUAUGGCCAGGGAAUUGGCUACAUUCUCUAUGAUGAGAUGGACUGCACUGGACUGGAGAGGAACCUGAGUGACUGUCGCAGUGCCGGCCUCCUUGUCAACGACUGUCAGCACAGCGAGGACGCCGGAGUCCUCUGUAGACCAAGAGAAGACAGCCCGUGCAGUAAUGGAGAGCUGCGACUGACUGGUGGCAGGGAUUCGACCGAGGGAAGAGUAGAGUUCUGUUUCAACGGACGAUGGGGCACCGUCUGCGACGACCGUUUUGGAGACAGCGAUGCUCGUGUCAUCUGCCGCCAGUUGGGAUUCCCUGCAGGCUAUGGUCAGUCGGGGGCCACAUUUGGUCAAGGCGCCGGUCCAAUAUUCCUGGACGAUCUCGACUGUCUCGGGAAUGAGACAACUCUCCUCAGCUGCAGACACGACGGAGUCGGUUUCCACAACUGCCAACACUCUGAAGACGCAUCUGUCAUUUGCCUAGCUGCAGAGGAAAGGUGUAUCGAGGGAGACGUGAGACUAAUGAACGGGGACUACCCCAAUGAGGGUCGAGUGGAGAUCUGUAUUAGCAACCACUGGGGUACUGUCUGUGACUAUCUGUUUGAUGCCAGUGAUGCCAGAGUCGUCUGCAAUCAACUGGGAUACACCAAUGGAGAUGUGAUCCAAGUACAGGAUGGUUACUAUGGAGCUGGACGUGGAAUGGUAUGGCUGAGUGGACUGGAGUGUUCUGGGAAUGAGACACGUCUCCUGGACUGUCCUCUACCAUACAGCAGUCGCUCCUGCUCCCACUCUUCUGACGUGUCCAUCAUCUGCCCCAUAACUGCCAGUGGUGGGACAGUGGGCAGAUGCAGUGAUGGAGCCGUGAGACUGGUGAACGGGUCGCUACCCAACGAGGGUCUGGUGGAGAUCUGCUACAACGGGAGGUGGGGUGCCAUCUGUGAGGACCAGUGGGACACACUGGAUGCCACUGUCGUCUGUCACCAGAUGGGAUUUCCUGGGGACAGCGUGAUAGCGGUGGGUAAGAGUCUAUUCUCCUCGUCGUCCGGUCCCAUAUUCCUGGACAGUGUCGACUGCCAGGGGACUGAGUCCAGAUUGGAUGAAUGUUUCGACCGCAGCUCACUCGGAACUCACAGCUGUCGAGACGUCAGUGGCCAUGCUGGAGUCAUAUGCCCCUCAAUAGAGAGGACGUGUGACAACGGAGAGGUGAGGUUGGUUGGAGGAGGGACCCUGUUGGAGGGGAGGGUCGAGGUGUGCUACAACAGCCGGUGGGGGACAGUGUGUGACAACAUGUGGGACAGGAGGGACGCCAGAGUCGUCUGUAGACAGGUGGCAGGAGAGUACGGCCUCGAAUACGAUGACUUCUUCAAUCCAGUGGCAGUGAGAGGGUCAGGUUUUGGCAGAGGCAGUGGUCCGGUGUUUCUGACGGAUCUUCUCUGUGUUGGCUCAGAGCAGAACCUGCUGGAGUGUCGCGGAGCCGAGGUUGGGGUCUAUGACUGCAGCAGUGCCGGCAUCUACUGCGGACUGCAACCCUGUAAGGAUGGGUCUCUGCGACUGGCUGAAGGGUUGCCAGGCUCCAACAACACUGGCCGAGUGGAGAUGUGCAUCAGAAAUGUAUGGGCUGGACUCUGCGACACGGGGUUUGAUGACAGAAAUGCUGAGUUUGUCUGUUCCCAACUUGGCCUCCCUGACAAGAACGCAGUGUCAGUAGGGGGAGAUUUCUUUGGUCACGGUCACCACAUAUCAUCGUGGUCGGUCGCCUACUCGUGCGACAAUGGCAGUAGAGGGUGCAGUCUCAGAGCCACGACCAAGACAGAGUGUCCUCAUGUUGGAGUAUUCUGUGAACAGAUGGUGACAAGGUGCAGGACGGGCCACGUGAGAGUGGUGGGCGGAGCCAAUUCCUCGGAGGGAAGGGUGGAGGUGUGUCUCAAUGGACAGUGGGGGAAGAUAUGUGACGACUCUUGGGAUGAUAAUGCUGCUAAAGUGGUGUGUGGGCAAUUAAAUCUACCAACAAUUGGAGCCAAGGCAGUGGUGGGAUCAUCAAUAUGGGGGUCCUCCCCCUCUCUCGACUAUGUUCUGGACGACGUGAAGUGUUUUGGGAGUGAGAGCAAACUACUGGACUGCCACAGCAGCCCUGUUCUCUCUCACAACUGUCUCCACACUGAGGAGGCCGGCGUCACUUGUCACGGUAAAACAAGCAACUCGGGGCAGAAUAAAACUCUGCCCACGGAGACUAGUCCAGCAGCAGUCAGUUGUAUCAGGGGAGGAGGGGGAGGAGAGGAGGACAUGUACUCGUCAGGGCAAGUGGCUGCCAUCAUCCUCCCGGUUGUUCUGGUGAUGAUGGUUGUCUUGGUCUCUUCUCUCGCUGGGAUGUGGCUCGUCCUCCAGAGGAGAAAGAGGUCAGUAAACCAGUCAGACCAGUUUCCAAUCGCCCGUGGCCAGGGUAUUGUCCAGUUCAACGAGUUUUCGUCUGAGUCAGAGUCACUAGACAAGAUCUCUGGCACCAACACAGCCAUCUGAAUCCCAUCCGACCCUUCCAACAGCCUCGUAUGUACAGACAAUGACAGCUAGAGCACAAACACAUUUAGGUUAACUUUUGGUUUUUUCAUCACACGUGUAUAUAGGACUAGUUUUGGCGGAGAAUGUUAGGCAUCACCGAAUCAAUUCUUUAAACAGUUCCAUUUCUCUUUUAGUUUUUAUAAAUCACUUUGUAUGACUGUGAAUAUUUGCUUUCAAAAUUUAAUGAUGGAUACAUGAACCAUUGGUUUAUGUCAACUCAGUUGGUUUGCGGUUGAAUAACUCAGUCAACUCGACAUUAUUGCUACCAUCAAGGCAAACAUCCGUUCUUUUCGUUCCUCCAAUUCUGCUGACAAUGAAUAUUUUACCGUACAAAAAUCGUACAGUACUUUAUGCUGUGAAUGAAUGCUACAAAAAUCCAAUUAUGCACCCCUGGAAAAUAAAUUAACGACUUCAAAACACCCACCUUUUGAUAAAUAAAUAACAUGACCAGUAAUAAUAUGUGUAUUUAAAACAGUGUUACCGGUGGUCUAAUAGCUCUGCCUACCUACCCCUCCUUGUUUUUCAAGUGCUCAGCAAAGUUUCUGACGGCCUGCUCCUGUUUUCGGGUCUCGAUUGACCCUCGUCUUCUCCUCCUAGUCUCAGCAAUGGCGUCGUCUCCGGUGUAGCCCUCUCUGGCCACCAGAUAGCAGGCCAGCAUGGUCCCCGUCCUACCUCGACCCAUCGCACAGUGCACACCAACACCCUGCACAAGACAGAUCAGCUUCACAUCUGUAUAACUCUGCAACAUCUCGCAACUCUAUUGACUUUGCUCUAAAUAUGUAACGUGCUCUGCGGUUUCUUCAAAGGUCUACAUUGUUGGCUUUUCAUGUACUGUAUAUACAUAGCUGCUCAACUUUACCCACACCAACUUCAACACUGUCACACUGGGAUAUGAACUUGUGUACUAUGCUAUGCAUUCGGUAUGCACACCUGCGUAGGAGGUAGAGAAGUUUUCAAUCAGAAGCAAAAGGAGUCAUGUGCAGCUUUCAAUCUUGUUUGGAAGUGUGCGUGUUGUGUGUGUGUGUGCCAAUUACACUUUCUGCAUUUUCCACUAUCCGGAGGAAUUCCUCAAUCUGCUCCAUUGUAGGUGGAGUGAAGUCCUGUAUGUCAAUAGAGUGCACCGCCAUGCCGUGAGCUCUAGCAUCCUCUUCAUAGGUGGAGGGAUGGGAAGCCACUGUAGUUAGGUUGACCAGAGUUCUAAUACCCUCCUGGGCGAGAAACAGAAUAUUCUCACUCACGGGAUAGCCCAUUCCCGCCAGUUUACCCUCCACAAACCAGGAGAAGUUCCUAGGAGAGGCCAUCUUUUGAGAAACGAUUGUGGUUGCUUCUACGGACUGGGCGUUA